AUGUCCUCGUCGCUGUCUUCGACGUUGGUCGCAUCGGCUGCUCGUUGCUCAACACGACGAGCUCGCCUGAGUCGACUGUUUACCGAAGGUUCAAAGAGCAGGUCUUACUCAAAAAAUGAAGCUGUCGUCGGAAAUAUUCCUUUUACUAAUGUCCUCCCAAAGCCACGCCUUGAUUACCGCGCCAUCACUGAGUCUGUAGUCUACAAAUCUCACAAUGCAUUUAAUCGCAAAGCUCCUCUACCUGUCGGUGCCCUGCAAUCUGUCGCGCGUCUCUAUGCAGAGCAGAAAGAUGUCUCGAGUACACUCAACACUAAACGUAACGAACGGUCUACUAUAGGUGAGCGCAUACGGCGGAGCAAAGGAUCUGAAGAGAAACAACGAGCGUUGGAGGAAGCAAAAGCGCUUAAAACGGAGGUGGGCGAGCUGGAGGCGAAAUUGGAAGAAGUGGAAGAAAGGCUACUGGGUCUUGCGUUGGCCAUACCGAAUGAUACUCACCCUGCCUCACCUUUAGGCCCAGAGGAGGCCGCCGUUGUCCUAUCGACGCAUGGUCCCGAGCCCAAACCCGCAGACCCAAAGCGAGAUCAUGUUGACGUCGGACGGAUACUUGGUUUAUUUGAUUUCGAGGCAGGUGCACUUGUUACUGGCUCUUCCUGGUAUUACCUCCUAGGAGAAGCUGCCUUGCUGGAGAUGGCGUUAACAAAUUAUGCUAUGUCGAUUGCUAUCAAACACGGCUUCAAGCCUACGAUGACUCCAGACGUCGUUCGCGCGGAUAUAGCAUUACGCUGUGGGUUCCAACCGCGAGACCAGAGCGCUGAUCCGCCUGUCUCACAAAUGUAUCAUAUCUCGCAGCACUUACCCUCCGAGUCAUCCCACAAUCAUCCCGAACUCGUUCUCACCGGUACCGCAGAAAUUCCACUUGGAGGGCUAUUCGCUAAUCAGAUCGUUCCCGCUUCUGCCUUGCCACUGAAAGUAGUCGGUCUAGGACGGUCGUUCCGUGCAGAGGCUGGGGCGCGAGGUGCUGAUACUCGUGGGCUGUACCGCGUUCACCAGUUCUCAAAACUCGAGUUGUUUGUGGUGUGUACUGAGGAGGCGAGUGAAGCUGCCAUGGAGGAGAUGCGCUGUGUGCAGGAAGAAAUAUUUAGUGGCCUCGGUUUUCCUUUUCGGGUACUGGAUAUGCCAACCGAAGAACUAGGGGCUAGCGCGUUUCGAAAAUAUGAUAUGGAAGCGUGGAUGCCUGGGAGAGGUAGCUGGGGCGAGAUUUCAUCAACGUCGAAUUGUACAGACUACCAAGCUCGUCGGUUGCACAUUCGAUAUCGCCGUCAUACCAGUCCAUCACCCAAUCCCACACCCGCAGACUCCCCUACUCCUACGUCACACUCUUCCCUUCCCUUUGCUCAUACACUCAACGGCACAGCAGCUGCCAUCCCGCGACUCAUCGUAGCGCUCGUCGAAAACGGUGCGCGAUUCGAUGGAGAGGGUAAAGUAGUUGGACUCGAGUUACCGGUUGCCUUGAAACCAUUCUGGAUCGGUGCAGAUAAGGUAAUUCAGUGGAUAUGA